UUAUUCAACUGUCUCCUAUUUCUAUUUUAACAAGAUACCACACUACUUAAUUCCUUCAAUACAUUUGACGUUAUAGCAUGAGGGAAAUUUUUUUAUAUUUAGAUUUAUGACGAGUCAUUUAAAUUAUACGAAUAUUGUUGUAGGCAUUUUUUGAAGAGAGCGAGUUACUUAAAACUCUUGCAUAAACAACAUCCUAACUACUAAGCCCGUAAACGUAAAGUUAUUUAGGUAACUCUCCAAAUUCUAUACUUUAGCCAGAAACGACACUACUGAAUUCCGUUCAUUCAUUUGCCGUUAUAGCACGAGGAACAUUUUAUUUAGAUCUAGACUGGGCAUUUAAAUUAGUUCUGACAUAAUGGGAACAGCUCUGAUUCAGGGUGCAAGCAGAGGUAUUGGUUUGCAGUUCUGUUCGACCCUUGCUGCACGAGGUGCAACUGUAAUAGCAUGUUGUAGAAAUCCAUCAUCAGCUCACCAGUUGAAAAAUCUUCAGUCUCAGCAUCCAGGAUUAAUCGAUAUUGUACAAUUGGAUGUCACCAAAGAAGCAGACAUCAUUGAUGCCUCUCAGUAUGUCCAAAAAAAUCAUAAGAAGUUGGAUCUUCUUUUCAAUGCUAGCGGAAUUCUCAGUCCUACAGGGAAAGGAGAAACAAGCUUAAGAGAUUUAUCAUUUCAGGGACUUCAAGAAACAUUUGCUGUUAAUGCUUUUGGGCCGGUCAUGAUGGCAAAGCACUUUAGUCAAACGUUAAUGGCUGGAGGAGGGGUGAUUGGAGGAAAGGUGGCUGAUCCCAAGCAACAGCACACUGCAGUUUUUGCGAAUAUGUCUGCUAGAGUUGGGUCAAUUAGUGAUAAUCGUUUAGGUGGCUGGUACAGUUAUAGAAUGUCCAAAGCAGCUUUAAAUAUGGCAACCAAAAAUUUGAGUUUAGAACUUGGACGUGGAGGAAAGAAGGUUAUUUGUAUAGCUCUGCACCCAGGUACUGUGGAUACUGACCUAUCCAGACCUUAUCACAAAAAUGUUCCAGAAGGGAAACUGUUCUCACGUCAACAAUCCGUUGAUUAUUUGAUGGCCAUAAUUGACAGAGUUACUUUUGUUGACACAGGAAAAUAUUUUGCUUGGGAUGGCUCGGAAAUUCCGUUUUAAGAUGCAUGACCUGAAAGUGAAGCCUUCCUUCCCAGAUGCAUAAUCAAAGCACUAAAUCAGGUAAAUCUCAGGUACAAUUAUAGUUGGCAUAAGAAUGUCUUUUCUGUUCUAAGGGGUCCACAAUAAUAAAAGAUGUUGCGAGUUCGUGUAUAGGUCCACAAUAAUAAAAGAUUUUGCGAGUUCGUGUAUAAUUUUAAAACUUUACAAAAAGCUUUUGAACCCUUCCCUGGGUUCAUCUUCAGUCCAAAUGAACGAUCUUCAGCGACUCUUGCAGUACAAUUAUGUAGUUUAUUUUUAAAUUCACCUACAAGCUUUUUGUAAAGGGUUUUAAAAUUAUACAUGAACUCACAACAUUUUUUAUUAUUGUGGACCCCUUAGAACAUUAUAGUAUACACUUUCGCAAUAGAGAGUUUUUCCCAACUAAUGUUUUUUUCUAUAAAGUGUUCAUAAGACAACAAACCUGUUAUUUUGUGGAAGCUCAAACUGUUUGUCGGGGAUUGGACGAGAAAGAUCUAAUAAAUCUCUGUUAAAAACAUGAGGAGAACUACUUGAAGGAUCAGCAUCAGUCAUUUACAUACAACAAGAGGAUGAAUAUUGUCAAAAGAAGAAUUAUAUUGCAGCCCUGCUUGCUAUCUCAGCUAUUGCAGACUCUUCAGGUUACGUUAAUGUGGAUGCUCUGAUCUGUAGAUUACUCUGAUGAGAUAGCUCUAUUCUAAAGAAUACUUUAAUGAGGAUGCUGUUUUCUAAAGAAUACUUUAAUGAGGAUACUCUGAUUUGCAAAAUGACAGGUCACUGAAGACAUGCUUCUAAGCAGCGUAGAUCUGGGUGGUCCAGACUGUGAAAUCUCAGUUGAUUCAUCUGAGGUGAUAUCAAAGUAUAUCCUGGUUAUUCAAGGCUACAAGUUUGUUUCAGAACAGGAUUAUGUUCUUAAAAAGGCUAUAGUUUGCCUUCUCUUUGAAUACUUUAAUGUCACACAUCUGCUCUUCAGGCUGUGGAAGCAGGUUGCUGAAAUUGGUUAACUCAUCAAUUUGUGUCUCUGGGAUUCAAGACAUAUCCUUCAUGGUGAUCAGAGAUCACUCAAGAUUACAGGUAUCAAAUACCAGCAUGAUGACAAUCAUUAGACAUGCAGACCUCAACCCCUUCGCCACCGGCCUGCUGCAUUCCUGCAAAUGCUUGCAUACCGCAUGAGACCCCCUGUCGACCGCAAGUAUCAAUCAUUACUUGCUCCCACUAAAUUUUAUGUUAUUCAUAUUUUUCCUUUAUAUUCUUAUGUGAAAACAUUGUGUGUAUGGAUAUCAAUGAAUAUUUUUACCCCAUUGUAAAAAAAUUACAAAAAAUAUAGUAAGAAUAUCGGAAAAAAUAGGAAUAUUUAGUGGAAAAAGUAAUUGCAGAAGUAGGAACUGUUAUAAAGUAGUAGAAAUAGUAGUAAAGUAAUAGAAAUAAAGUAGCAGAAAAAGUAGUAAAGUAGUAGUAAAAUAGUAGUAGUGGUAAUAGCAGUACUAGUUUUCUUACUGAAACAGCGUAUACAUCAAUGAAUGUUUAUGGCACUGGUAAUAAUAAUAAUAAAACUAAUAAUAGUAAUAAUAAUAAUAAGAUAAUGAUAAUAAAAGCAACAGCAUCUCGUGACCAAUACGUGUAUACAUAUGGGGCAGUUUAUUUACCCCCAUUAUCAUCAGCAAGCUAUAAAAAACACAUCUCAUCACGAGUAACAGGCCUCCAUAAAAGUCCUUUCACCUUACGCUUUCCUGUUGAGUGAAAGUACUACUCUGCCCGAGCAUUCAUCCAUUCACACAAUUUGUCGAUUACAUCACCACAAAAAAGGAAAAAAAAUGCAUCACGUAAGCAGGUGAAAUCUGGUGUGUAAGCAGGAAUCCUAUUGCCACCCUCCGUGAAUCAAGGGGGGCUGGGUCUGGGCGCAAGUCACAAGAUGGAUCAGUUAUGAACCGCCAGCCUUCAUCGACAAGAGGUUCAAUGUCUUCCAAGCACUCUUUGUCACUGUCAACCUCUAAGAAAUUAUCACUAUAAUCAUCAUCUGAUAGAUUUGGCAGGUACUCUGACCCUGACUCUGAAACACUAUCAUCUGACAUGAUACUGAAAAAAAAAACUAAAAUAACUGCAAUCAAAAGGGAAAAAGGUUUAGAAUUCAAAUCUACAUGGUGUACGGACAAAAUUGUAAUCAUCCUUCUCAGAUAAUAGCCUGAGGGGCACUGACAUAUGUUGGCCAGUACCCCUCCUAAUAUCCCAUAUGAAAAUGAUGUCACGACGUCCAUCGGACGCUCAUUGGUUAGAAUGAAUUGUGGGUGGAGCUUCAGCUCCUCUCUCGUACACAAUACUGUGUCUGGAAACCAUCCAAGCUGAAGAUUACGCUUUGCUUUUCGAGGAGGUAUGAAAGACGUACACGCAUACGUCCCGGUCUUUUAUUACUGUACUGUAAAAGACGUACAUGUGUACGUCCCAGUGCUGAAGGGGUUAAAGCUCAAGUGUCACAUGCAUAAUACUUAGCUUUUUGACUUUUGGAAAAUUUUAGGUUAAUCAUACAAAGAAAAUUAUUUGACGUCACAUGUAUUCAAAUACUAUCCUCAUCCUAACAAUUGAUUCUGCAUUUUUUGUUUCACAGGUAGGGGAAAUUAAUGAAUGCUACCUUAGUUUGGUAAGAAUUCCACCUUUUGAGGGAAUUCUUACCAUCUACAAUAACUACUGUAUUCAUUGUUUUCAAUUUGGCUCUGGUAGCUUCACCUAGAUUAUAAUAUCUUUCGUAUAGUAAUAGGUUUGUUUGUUAAUUAAUGUACGUAUAUGCAUACUUGUGGCUGAAAUAUUUUUAUUAUAAAGACUUCAAUCCCCACAAAAUGGUCUGUAAGCUUGAUAAAUGUUAGUAGUUAUACAGGUAUCACAUACAUGUGACAUUCUUAACAUUUGUUUUUGAACUAAUAGUCUGAAAAAUUAUUGCAAGUCAUAAACACAAGUUUUUGGGAGUUUAACUUAAAUUUUAUUUAUUACCUGUACUUUGUCUUAUGAAAUGGCAUGUCAGCUAAAAUUAUAUGAAAGCCAGACCUCAUUUCAGUAAAGCUGAGCUGGAGUUAGUAAAUAUUACAGUUUUGAGUUCACGUAGUUUAAAUUUGCGUGGACAGUUAUGUGGACAACAGCAGUUUGUAAUUCUUCACAGAAAGUAAUGUUAAAUUUUAUUUUUUAUGCAUAAAACAUUUAUACCAUUAAAAUCAGUUUGCUAAAGUAUCAGUAGCAAAAGAGUAUUUGAAUUGUUUCUUAAGCUUUACAACUAUGUACAUCUUACAUAAUUUUUAGAUAACAUGAUUCCAUAUGAUACUUUAGGUAUCUAAUUAUUCCUUUUAUGCAGAAAGAUUAAUUUAAGGAAAAUUAUAAUUUUUUUUGUACGCAAAUGGAACUGAAUACCCACAUAAUUCUAAAACACCAAAAUGAUAACUAGAUACUAAAGGUUAGGGACUAAGAAACAUUAAAGUAAAGGUUGAAGAACAAGACCGAGAACUGUUCAAAGUUAGUAGUUACUGUAAAGAUGUACGAAAUUAAAAGCAGCAGUUAGAAAGGAAUUGAGUAUAGAACAUACAAUGCAGAUUUUAUGUCAAAUAAUAGUCUAUCCUUCAUCUUUAGUUUGCAGCACAAGACAUUGAUCCUUUGUUUUAGCUGACAUUUCUGGAGAAGAUUUGGAAGUUUCAAAAUUCAUUAAGAAUUAGCAGUAUAACAACCCAUUGUUUCUUCCAUUUAUUCAUAAGGUUCUUAAAUCUAGCCACUAGCAAUAGCUUCAUAUCAAGCAUAUGAUGUAUGUUUUUGUUACCUUUUGAAAAUACUGAGUAUGGAUUGCAAUAGGUUUUUAUAUUAUAUAUUGAAUAUAAAGAAAUUUUCUUUGUAAAUAGCUCUUGUAAAUUAUUGUAAAUAUGGUACGUAUAUGGAAAUUAAAAAAUUCCCUGGAUA